AUGGAGACCGUGAACACCUCCGAGCGCCUGGCCAAGCUGAGGCAGUUGAUGCAAGAGCACAAGGUGGAUGUAUAUAUCGUUCCUUCGGAAGACAGUCACCAGUCGGAAUAUAUUGCGCCAUGCGACGGCCGUCGAGAGUUCAUCUCAGGUUUCUCUGGCUCGGCUGGAACGGCCAUAAUCUCCUUGUCCAAGGCAGCAUUGUCCACAGACGGCCGUUACUUCAACCAGGCUGCCAAGCAGCUUGACAGCAACUGGGCGCUGCUGAAGCGGGGCGUUGAGGGCGUCCCAACCUGGCAAGAAUGGACCACGGAGCAGGCCGAGGGUGGCAAAGUGGUUGGUGUCGACCCAGCUUUGAUUACAGCCUCUGGCGCCCGUAGUCUUUCAGAGACCCUGAAGAAGAAGGGCUCGUCCCUUGUUGGCGUGCAGCAGAAUCUUGUUGACCUGGUCUGGAAGAAUGACAAACCUGCUCCUCCGAGGGAGAAGGUGACUGUUCACCCGGAGAAGUAUGCUGGCAAGAGCUUCCAGGAGAAGAUCCAGGAUCUGCGCAAGGAAUUGGAGAACAAGAAGGCUGCUGGUUUCGUUAUCUCUAUGCUGGAUGAGAUUGCUUGGCUGUUCAACCUUCGUGGCACUGAUAUUCCCUACAACCCCGUGUUCUUUUCAUACGCUAUCGUUACUCCCACCGCUGUUGACAUCUACGUCGAUGAUGAUAAACUUACGCCGGAGGUGAAGGCCCACCUUGGUCAGGACGUCGUGGUCAAGCCUUAUGACUCGAUCUUCGCGGAUGCCAAAGCACUAAGCGAGGCUCGGAAGCAGCAAGCCGAGGGUGCGUCUUCUAAAUUCCUUGUAUCUAACAGGGCUUCUUGGGCUCUGAGCCUUAGCCUUGGAGGCGAGGAGCAGGUUGAGGAGGUCCGUAGCCCUAUUGGCGAUGCCAAGGCGGUCAAAAACGAAGUUGAGCUCGCAGGCAUGCGGGCCUGUCACAUCCGUGAUGGUGCAGCCUUGUCGGAGUACCUGGCCUGGCUCGAGAAUGAGUUGAUCAACAAGAAGACAACUCUGGAUGAGGUGGAUGCUGCAGACAAGCUGGAGCAGAUCAGAUCCAAGCACGAUCUCUUUGCUGGUCUGUCGUUUGACACAAUCUCCUCCACGGGUCCUAACGGUGCCGUCAUCCACUACAAGCCUGAGAAGGGAAGUUGCGCCAUCAUUGACCCUACCGCCAUCUAUCUCUGUGACUCGGGCGCUCAGUACCUGGAUGGUACAACUGAUGUGACCCGUACAUUCCACUUCGGCAAGCCCACAGAACUUGAGAAGAAGGCAUUCACUCUUGUGCUAAAGGGUCUUAUCUCGAUUGACACUGCUGUAUUCCCCAAGGGCACUAGUGGCUUUGCGCUUGAUGCGCUUGCGCGACAGCACCUGUGGAAGGAGGGUCUCGAUUACCUGCAUGGAACUGGCCAUGGAGUCGGUUCUUACCUGAACGUGCACGAAGGGCCCAUUGGCAUUGGCACGCGCGUACAAUACACUGAAGUCCCCAUCGCUCCUGGCAACGUCAUCUCCGACGAACCCGGCUUCUACGAAGAUGGAAAGUUUGGUAUCCGUAUUGAGAACAUUAUCAUGGCACGCGAAGUGCAGACGACGCACAGGUUCGGUGACAAGCCCUGGUUGGGCUUCGAGCACGUCACGAUGGCUCCUAUCGGUCAAAAUCUGAUUGAGCCCUCUCUUCUCACUGAUGCCGAGCUUAAGUGGGUCAAUGAUUACCAUGCUGAGGUCUGGGAAAAGACACACAACGGCCGAAACCCUUACGCGAACGGAUACGGAUACUCCGACGCCAGCCGCUACGAUCGUGGUGAUGGCGGGUACGGAGGAGGAGGAGGAGGGGGAAGCGGUGCCGGUAGCAGCGGUACAUCAGGGGCCCGCGAUCUCCGGCCUGGCGGCUAUGGUGGCUUCUACCCGGAGGCGUCGCCGUCGUCCUUGUCGCCGGCUCAAUCGCCGGAGCGCCGCCGUGAUCGGUGGGAUCGCGACCCCGAGCAUUCGUCGUCGCGGUCCAGGACCAGGGAGGGCGAUGCGGAGAGGGCGACGUUGGGCUCUCGAGACGGUCGGGCGCCGCGUGGGGAGACGAGUUGGUUGGGAGGUAGCAGCAGCCGCGAGCGAGAACGAGAACGGGAGCACAGGGCAAUGAAUUCUGCUGGACGCGCGGGGGGCCAGGGAGGAGGCUCUCAGGCUAUUGAAGAUGUGUUGCAGAUGGUACAACGUGAAUGGGACUUCGUGGCUUCUGAGAGCUGCGUUCCGGUGCAGGUGGCGUUACAAUUGAUGGACACGAGCACGCUGGGCAAGGCAGAGCGUGAACCGGAGUUCCUGGAAAUUCAUGACCAAAUACAGCGGACACUGAAGUCGGUCGUCAAUGAACACCACCAGGGCUUCAAUAGUUCUAUCGGUACAUAUCAUAAGAUCCAGACCAGUAUCCAGACUUCACAGACUCGCGUGCGCAACCUGAAGAACGCCCUUGAGGGUGCGAAGUCGGGCUUGCUGUCCACCAAGCCCGAGCUGAAAGGGCUGGCUACCUCUUCGCAGAAAUACGACGACAUCAUUCAGCUGUUCAGCCAGAUCCAGGAGAUUCAAUCGCUGCCGGAGAAGCUGGAGUCCCGCAUCUCUGAUAAGCGUUUCCUUGCCGCGGUUGAAGUGCUGCAUGACGCGCUACGGCUGUUGCGGCGUUCUGAACUCGAGAACAUCGGGGCGCUGGCGGAUAUUCGCGCAUACUUCGGUAGUCAGGAGGCUUCCUUGACGGAUAUCUUGAUCGAAGAAUUGCAUGAUCAUCUGUAUCUGAAAUCUCCUUACUGCGCCAAUCGGUGGAAACCCCCAACAGCUGAGGGAGAGGGGGGCAACGGUGUCAAUGCAUCCAGCUGGUCUGGUAACAACGCCUGGGAACGCCCUGUCUACAACUUCUUGGCCAAGCUGGAUGCCUCUAACCCGAUGGUGGAGGAUGCUUCUCGGAACCCCGAAGCCGACACAUUCUACUACAUACAGUUACUUAUAGAAGCGCUCAACAAGAUGGGUAAUCUUGACAUCGCGGUGGAUCGGAUCGAGCAGAGGCUUCCCGUCGAACUGUUCUCUGUCGUGGACAAGACGAAUGCUGAGAUCGACGCGCGUUACCCUGAGUUGUCUACCCGUGGCUUUGCAGCCCAAGACAGCAGAAGCGGCGUGACAUCGAAGACCAUUGAGAAGCGUGGCCAUGUGCUGACUGAAUUCUUGUGGACAUUGUACGCCAAAUUUGAGUCUAUUGCCGAGGGCCACCGUGUCGUCCAUGACGUGAUCGCAGCCAUUGUUACACGAGAGGGCAUCCCGAAAAGCAACACGCUUGCUGGUGGGUUCAAGGAGCUUUGGAAGCUUUAUCAGAGCGAGAUUCGUUCGCUCUUGCAUGACUACUUGGCUACUGAUGGAGAGUACCGACCGAGGGAUCAAGACGACGCUAGGCGUCAAAUGUACACGGGCAUGCGAGACAAGAACAAAAAAAUGUUCAAGCUAUCCGAAACAGAUCAAACCACAGAGAUUCAAGCUGAGCAGUCUGAACUGGACGAGAUUCUCAGGUCGUCUGUGCCGGGCUUAGUGACCAAGUCUAAUCAGAAAUUCGCAGUGACCGAUACCUCCGAUGCUAAGCAAGGCAACUCGGGUACUGGCCACAAGAUCCUCAUUGAACCGAGUGUAUUCAAUAUCAGUCUCGUGCUGCCACCCUCUCUUUCUUUCAUUCAACGGCUGAAGGAGAUUGUGCCGGUGGAUUCGGAUCUUGCGAUGACCACGUUGACCUCCUUCCUGGAUGACUUCUUGGUCAACGUAUUCUUACCUCAACUUGAUGAUACAGUCACAGACCUUUGUACCCUUACUAUUGUCUCACCCGAUGCAUUCACAGAAGACCCCCAAUGGUCCACGGUCUCGCCUCGACCCGUCUUCAAGGGAGCGGUCAAGCUCAUGUCAAUCAUUCAAGACUUUAGCAAGAUGCUAUCCAGCAUUCCUCCUGAUCAAGCCUUCACACAGCUGCUUCUUACUCAGAUCGUGACUUACUACGAUAAGUGUUGUGGAUGGUACAAAUCAAUUGUGACCAAGAAAUCUCCGCGAGACAAGGGAGAGCCCCGGCUGAAGGCCGCUGCAGGCUUUGCUGAAGCUGGAGACGUGCAUGACGUCGUUGCCGAGCUCUGGGGGAACGAAACGAAUGAUAAAUGGGCACUUGUCGAUAAGGAAAUUGAGCUGCUUCUCCAGCUGACCUCCGAGGUUCCGUUAGAGCCCUACGACAUCAUAUCCGAUCCCAAGACUGUGGUGGCUCUGUCGCUCCUCUACAAUAGCAUGCAAUGGUUUGCGAGUCAUUUAUCCCAGCUACGCCAAAUCAUCCCGACCUCGGAAGCUCGACGCCCGGAAACCGGGCCUCCUAACCGUCGUUGGACCUUAAUCGGGGCAAUGAAGUCCAAGGUCGAUGGUGUUAGUCAGCCGAUAUAUCUGCCCUUAAGCCAAGAAACGGCGACUAUCUUCGACAACACUCUUGGGUCACUGCGCGAAUUGGCGUACACCGCUCUGUUCGCCCUACACAUCGACUGUCGGUGUGGCGUCAUCCAUAUGCUGAAGAAGACGAUGGCAGGGCCCAAUCCUCGAAACUCGCGCGCUUCUGAGCCUACGACGCCAUCUCCCAGCACUACCACUCACUGGUGGCAUAUCCUGAUGAACCAGCCCACUGCUGCAUCGCCUACGAUUCUAGAGUUGAAUGGUGAUCUGAUCGGCUUCGACAGUAACAUCUCCACCUACCUCGGAUCAUCUGAGAGAUGGUUCAUUACCUCUGGGCUUGCUCGCUUCAUCGACCAGACUUUCGUGGCGAACACCGGCCUGAUCGGCGCUAUGAACGAGAACGGAGCCUUGCGCCUUCAACUGGACGUCCUCGUCUUGCAACAGAACCUGAAGAACAUCAUCAUCGAUCCGAUGCAGGAUCCGGCCCAUGACGGAACCACCAGCCCCCACGAAGAGCACCAUGAGGUGGUCGCGCUCCCGCGCAGCGCCAAGUUCCUGGACUGGUUCCUCGAGGGCGCCGAGAAAGCCCUAGACUACGCCAAGGAAGAGAAGGAAUCCUUUGCUGCCCAUGGAGAGAAAGCGCUGGCCGCUGGCAACGGAGAACCCUUCACGUAUGAAGAGCUCAAAAUCCUCAUUGAUCUCUGCUUCUCGGAUGCUUUGCUCGGGCCCAGAGGAGUGGAUAACCGGGAGGAAUUUAUGGCUGCCAAGAAGGCCAGUGCGGAUGCUCUGCUGAGGUUGAAUGAGGUGAUGUGGGAUUCCAAGUAG